AUGGCCACGAGUGGGGGCGAGGCGUCCGAUAUUGAUGAAGCCUGCCGGUGCCUAGAACCCAAAGAAGAAUAUGUGAAGGUCAGAAGGAAGGACCUGGAACAGCUGACAACUGAAGUGAUGCAGAUGCGGGACUUCUUACCCAGACUACUCAAUGCGGAGUUAAUGGAAAGUUUGCAGAGCUUGAAGAGUGUAGAAAAAAACCUGGAAAGGCGAGAACAAGAGUUAGAACAGCUGAGAUUGGACUAUGAACACUUCAAAGCCCAGCUAGAAACUGUACAGACAGACAGCAGAAGGGAGAAGAAGGAGAAGUUGGCUCUUCGACAGCAGCUGAAUGAGGCUAAACAGCAGCUCCUCCAGCAGGCAGAGUACUGUACACAAAUGGGAGCAGUUACCUGUACCCUCCUCUGGGGAGUCUCCAGCAGUGAGGAAGUCGUCAAAGCCAUUCUGGGAGGAGACAAAGCAUUGAAGUUUUUCAACAUCACUGGUCAGACAAUGGAGAGUUUCGUAAAGUCAUUGGAUGGGGACGUCAGGGAGGUUGAUUCUGAUGAGAAUCAGUUUGUAUUUGCACUGGCUGGAAUUGUAACAAAUGUUGCUGCCAUUGCAUGUGGUCGUGAAUUCUUGGUGAAUUCCAGUCGGGUGCUUUUGGACACCAUGUUGCAGCUGCUGGGGGACUUAAAGCCUGGCCAGUGCACCAAACUCAAAGUUCUAAUGCUGAUGUCCCUGUACAAUGUGAGCAUCAAUUCAAAAGGCUUGAAAUACAUCAGUGAGAGUCCUGGAUUUAUCCCUUUGCUGCGGUGGCUUUUGAAUGAUCCAGAUGCAGAAGUGUGCCUUCAUGCCUUGCGACUUAUCCAAUCUGUGGUUCUAGAACCAGAGGUCUUCUCCAAGUUGGCUCUGGAACUCCGAAGCUCCUUACCCAUACAGCGCAUUCUGGCCAUGUCCAAGAGCCGCAACUCCCACCUGCAGACUGCUGCCCAGGAGCUCCUGGAAGACCUCCGUGCCCUGGACUGCAGUGUUUAA